AUGGCAAUUAAAAAGCCAAUUAAUGUUAAACAAUUAUCAGAUAAAUUGGGAGUACCAAUUUUACCAGAUGAUCCACAAACCAUUUAUCAUAUUCAAGAGAGAUUAGGUAAAGGAUCAUUUGGACAAGUAUUUAAGGCAGUUCAUUUUGCUAAUGGUAAGGUUGUAGCAAUUAAAAUCAUAUCAUUGGAUGAUCAAGAGGCGAUCAAAGAUGUAAGAAAAGAGAUAUCAAUUCUAGCAGAAUGUAAUUAUCCAAACAUUGUUCAAUACUUUGGAAGUUAUUUUAAAGAUCAUCAACUUUGGAUCGUUAUGGAGUAUUGUGGUGGUGGUUCAGUUAGUGAUUUACUUCAAGUGAUUGAUACCAUCUCUGAAGAUGAAAUUGCAUUAAUUUGUCGUGAAGCUUUAAAAGGUUUAAAUUAUUUACAUGAAUUUAAAAAAAUUCAUCGUGAUAUUAAAGGUGGUAAUAUACUUUUAAAUGAUAGAGGUGAAGUUAAAUUAGCUGAUUUUGGAGUUUCAGCACAAUUAUUUAAUACAUUUUCAAAAAGAAAUACGUUUGUAGGUACGCCAUAUUGGAUGGCGCCAGAAGUUAUUCAAGAGAAUAAAUAUGAUGGUAAAGCGGAUGUUUGGUCAUUGGGUAUCACAGCUAUAGAGAUGGCAGAAGGUUUACCGCCAAAUUCAAACGUUCAUCCAAUGAGAGUUAUAUUUAUGAUACCUAGGGAAGAGUCACCAGCAUUGACUGAUAAGAGUAUUUGGUCUGAUAAAUUUCAAGAUUUCAUCUCAAAAUGUUUAACUAAAGAUCCAGCUGAACGUCCAACCGCAAAGGAACUUUUAAAUCAUGAAUUCAUUCAAACUAAAAAACCAUUGAGUAUACUAAGUGAUUUAGUAGAGAAUUGUAAAACCCUCAUAAAUAAUUCUUCAAUGUUUGAAGAUGAAGACGAAGAAGAGGGUAAUUAUAGUACAUUUGUUGAAAAGAAAACACCUUCAGAUGAUGAAAAAGAAAAUAAUAAUAAUACUGUUACAAAUUAUUCAACCGUUAUUACAAAAGAUGAUGAUGAUGGGAGCAAUAAUUAUUCAACUGUAAUCACAAAGGAUGAAAUGUAUUCAACUGUAAUUACAAAAGAUGAUGCUCAAACUGAUGAUGAUAAUAAUAAUUUUUCAACUGUAAUAACAAAAGAAGAUCCUCCUACUGAUGAGGAAUCUGAUAGUAGUUGUAGUAGUAGCAGUAGUAGUAGUAGAAAUAUAACUUCACCAAUAUCAAAAAGAAAACCAAGACAACCAAUAACAAAUUCACCUAAAAUUUCACCAAUAUCUUCAAAUAAUAUUAAUAAAAUUCCCGCUGAUAAUGUUGUAUCAUCAAAUCAGGCAACAACAACUACAACAACAACAACAACAACAACAACAACAGCAGCAUCUACAACAACAGAUCAAGAUGAAGGUGAUGUUAAAAAUAUUGUAAAUAAAUUUCAACUAAAUAAACCAAUUACAUCAUCAAAUUCUACAUCUGUCACACCACAAAAACCACCCUUUCCAUCAAACAACACAACAACAACAAGUAAUAUUAAUACGCCAAUAAAACCAUCGAAUGGUUUAAAGAAAUCAAAUAGUAAUACACCUGUACAAUUAAAAACUAGUGGUGAUAAAACACCAACAACAACCCCUCUUAAAAAUAUAAGUAAUAAUAAUUCUGUAAUUUAUAAUAAUAGUAAUAAUAUUAAUAAUAAUAAUAAUAAUAAUAUAAUAGCACCAAAAUCACCAUCACCAACUACUGGUCAAAAAAUUAUAAAAACCAAUAGUGGUGGCGUUUUAAAAAGUAGUGGAGGUCUCAGUAGUAAGAGAUCACCAUCUUCAAAACCUAAACACUCCUCUUCAUCAAAAGAACCAAAGGAAUCAUUAUCUGAAAACCUUCAAAAUAUUUAUAGAAAUGAUUGUACCAUUCAAUUACCAUUUUUAACUUUAAACAAUAUAUCUUCUGAUUAUCUUUUAAGUAUUGAUUAUAGAUAUAAUGAUUUUAAAUCUUCUUUAGAUGAUUUAUGUGCUGAUCCAAAUUUAAUAUCAUCAAAAUUAUCAUUUAGUCCUUAUAUUGGAAAUUUAAUUAAAUCACUUAGUUAUCAUAAAGAUAUCCAAGAGAAUGAAUUAAUGACACCAAAAGAAUCAGUUCAAAAUACUAAAAUUGUAAAUGAUCUUAGUUCAACUGUUAAAACUAUUUUUAGACUUUAA